CUGCCAGCAGUGAAAGCGUUAACUCAGUGAGGAGCGGAGCCGCGCGUGCGCAGUAAGGACCCUCUGCCGCCAUAUUGUUUUCCUGUCACCGGCUGAAGGAGACCAGAGUGCAGCAAUGAAGCUCGCGACCGGCGUCCGGUAUCUCGCUAGGAGACUGUACUCUGCACAAACUUCUGCAAAAUCUGAUGCUGCGGGACGGGCUCGUCUUCUGCCAGAGGAGCUUCAGAUAACAAAGUUGCCAAGUGGACUGGUGAUAGCUUCUCUUGAGAAUUUUUCUCCUGCCACAAAGAUUGGUGUUUUUGUGAGGGCUGGUAGCAGAUAUGAGAACGCCAGCAAUUUAGGUGUUAACCAUCUGCUACGCCUGGCAUCUAAUUUGACCACCAAGGGGGCGUCUUCUUUUAAAAUAACACGUGGUAUUGAGGCUGUUGGUGGAAGUUUAAGUGUGACAUCUUCAAGGGAAAAUAUUGUGUACAGCGUAGAAUGUCUACGAGAUUAUGUAGACACUGUAAUGGAAUACCUCAUUAAUUUGACUACAGCACCAGAGUUCAGAAUGUGGGAAGUAUCUGACCUCCAAGCAAAAGUAAAGGUUGAUAAAGCAAUUGCCUACCAAAAUCCUCAAGUUGGUGUCCUUGAAAACCUCCAUGCUGCAUCUUACCGCAAUGCACUUGCUAAUUCCUUAUACUGUCCUGACUACAGGAUUGGAAAAAUUACACCUGAAGAGCUUCAGCAGUUUGUCCAGAACAAUUUCACAAGCGCACGCAUGGCACUGGUCGGUCUAGGUGUAAGUCAUUCUGUUCUUAAACAAGUUGGGGAACAUUUCCUUAAUAUCAGGAGUGGUGCUGGUUCUGCUGGAGUCAAAGCACAGUAUAGGGGAGGUGACAUCAGACAGUUGAAUGGAGAGAGCCUUGUUCACGCCGCAGUUGUUGCUGAAGGAGCAUCUGCUGGGAGCGCUGAAGCAAAUGCUUUUAGUGUCCUCCAGUACGUUUUAGGCGCAGGACCUUAUAUCAAGAGGGGGAGUAACACAAGCAGCAAAUUGUCUCAGGGUGUUGGCAAGGCAACUAAUCAGCCAUUUGAUGUGUCUGCGUUUAAUACAAACUACACCGAUUCUGGUCUUUUUGGAGUCUACACAAUCUCUCAGGCGGCAGCAGCUGGUGAUGUUAUUAAUGCUGCUGUAAAUCAAGUGAAGGCUGUUGCACAGGGCGGUGUCACUGAAGCUGAUCUAGUCCGAGCUAAAAAUCAGCUGAAAUCAAACUAUUUGAUAUCGGUGGAAAAUUCAUGUGACCUUUUGAAUGACAUUGGAACUCAGGCUUUGAUAUCUGGAUACUACACAUCUCCAGCGGAUGCCCUCCAGCAGAUAGACUCUGUAUCCAGUGCUGAUGUUGUGAACGCUGCCAAAAAGUUUGUGUCUGGAAAGAAAUCUAUGGCUGCAUCUGGAAAUCUGGAGAACACACCAUAUGUUGAUGAAUUGUGAAACAAAUAUUUAAAAUACUACAUAUGCUCAGAGAAGACCCUUGAGAAAGUCCUACAUUGUUUGUGGAUAAUAUCAAAAUUAUCUGUGUUUCAGUCCAUUUUUCAGAAAUAUGAACAUAGCUUGUCUCCUAUCUUUAAGGAAAUGGAAGGCCUAAUAUAAAUAAAAUAUAAAUAUUUCUAUACACAA